GUUUUUCCACUCAGUAGCAGUUUGGACUUUUCUCGGCCUGGAGCUCGUCUUCGGUGGCUCUUUUUUCUCCGGUUGGAUCACACUCUGUGUAAUUAUACUGUGUAUUUUGUGUGAGGGAUAGUGUGUGGACUUGUUCUAUGUCCCCGUCAGUCGGUCAACGCCAAGGAAUUUGACACUGUCGGAUUUGUGCUUUUUUUUUUGCUGGGAUCAUCUGACAUUUGGCGGAUUACAGUUUGAAGAGUGCUUUUGUGUCUGGAGCUAUUUGGCCGUUGACGUCGUCGUGUCUCGCAAAAAAGGUGCCAAACAAUUUGGGAUAUUAAACGGCAGAGGUGUACAUGAAGCAGGUAUUUUACUCAGAGUGACAUCGUUGUCAUUGGAAUCAGGCUCAUAAAAAAGUGUGGAAUUAAAUUUGGGCGAAAUACAUAAAGUGUUAAUCUACCCCCCUUUUGGAUGGAUGCCCAGCAGAGUUGGUGAUUCUUUGGCCUUGGUUGUGGGUGGGAGUUGUUGCACUUGCCGGCAAUAUUCACUCAGUGUAAUUGAAAAGUCCGAUGCGCAGCGCUUCACUUCGAUGUGAUGGUGAAUGCAAGCGAGAAUUUAAAUUAAAAAAGGAUUAAGGGAUUAAAACACAGUGUGCAUCGACGUGGAAAAUUCAGAGUGUGUGUGGUGAACACAAAAACCGAUUCGUGUGAGGGAAAACCGUGUUUUGGCUGAUGUGAACGAGCUUUAACGGAUGCGGAAGGAGAGAAAAGUGUUAAUGCAUUUAAACUGCUGAUAAAGAUGGCGAAAAUUGUGCCAAAUUAUUCUCCAUCCGGCCAGACGACAUUGGCACUGGAUUCCGACGUCUGAGAUCUCCGUACGAAAAAGAUUCCUGGACCAAACCGAGCCGAGAAGGAAAUUGAAUGAAGCUGUAAUCACAUCGUGGACCGGGAAAAUUUAAGCUUCACCGGAAAAACGGACUCGUGCUCGUGCUAGUGGGCUGAAAGGACGAAGAGAAAAAAAGUUAAGCAAGCGAGAAAAUUACGAUAACACUGUUUGGCUUGGAAGGACGAAACGGCCACUUCUCCGUGCGGAGGAACGCGAUUAAUUUUACGGAUGGAGUACGAAUUUCGGCGAAAAAGUUUUUCCCGCUGUUGAUUCUGCUGACUACGUCGUUGUUGUAACGACGGUACACUCGUCUGGGCCGAAAUUGAUGAAGUCACUUUGGAAAACGGACGAAGAAAAAUCGUUGGGAAAAAUCGUAGCUCUGUAAAAGGAAAAUAAUUUAUCGACAUUCCUUUUGCCGCAGAAUACCCACAUGUACUGAAACAGAGAUCCAAGACAAACCGAUCGCAGAACAAAUAAUCAUAAAAAAACAGCAGUGAGGGUAUGAAUGAAGAAUAAAUUCAAAAAGUACAUGGAACUAGCACCAACAGCAGUGGAGAAAUAAUAGUAAUACAAGUAAUAAUAAAGUAGUUUCCCUGCACCAUUCUCUUGAGAGUUUCGGUCGGUGGGUGAAUGUUUGCUUUUCGGGAUAGAGGAUAGUGGUGUCUGGUCCGGUGGUCCUUCGGAGACAACGUUGAAGCAACAGUAAAUAGUGAAACCUACCUUCGGGCGGCGCAGAACAAGAUCACAGCCGGCUUCAGCUUCACCGUCAUCGGAGUGUUUAUGCGAGCUUAUGUGUGACUUCUCGUUGGCUGUCUGCCAGAAGUGAGCAAAGUUGUGUCCGGUGGCAAAGGAAAACGUGUUCUGUGCUGGGAUUUUGGUGGUGGAAAAUCGGAGCAAAUUCUAUAACAAUAACCACAGCAACAGUAUAGGGUUGUACACAUAUAUGCUACCGACCACUUGUGAAAGUGAAUAAGGAAACGAUACGGAGACCGGAGAGAAAGCAGGUUUGAAACCGGAAAUCCCCUCGGAGAUCUCGGGACCGAGAGGGGGUUGAAGUGUUUGGCGAGAGCUUUGUGUGCUUAAGCCAAGGAGCAGCAGCAGAAAAUUUGUCCGCAGGCCAAGAGAACAUUCCGGAAAGAAAGACGCCCGGCGCGCACUAAAGGUGGAAAAUAAUGGCCGGAUAUGUGUGUCAUAUUUUACUAUUCUUCCUCUUCGCCCAGGAAACGGCUUACGGCACAUCGUACGGCAACUCACUGUCCGAUACGCUGUCGGAUCCAGACUUUAUCGACAACCCACCGAUGAUUCAGCCCAAGUUCACUUCCCGCUCCCAGUCGAUACGGGCCGUCAUUGGCGAUACGAUCACGCUGCCGUGCGAGGUAGAUAAUCUGGGCAACAACAUCCUCCUGUGGCGUCGAGGGAGUGCCGUCGUAACGGCAUCGAACCUAAUAAUCACCCGCGAUCUGCGCUUCAAGUUGCUGAAAGGUUACACGCUGCAGAUUAAGAACGUCCGACCGCAGGAUGCCGGAGACUACAGUUGCCAAGUUGGGGACCACGACAACCGGGACCUGGUGCACACGGUGGAAAUCCUCGUUCCGCCUUCGGUGCGCUCUGUCCCGGAAACGGGCCACGUUACGGUGCGGAAGGGUGGAACGGCCACGCUCGAGUGCAAAGCCAGUGGAAACCCUGUGCCCAGCAUCAGCUGGAGCCGGAAGGAUUCACUGCACGGAUCGCCCCAUCUGGCGGAGGGACCGACGCUCACGCUCGAAAGCGUCAGCCGGCAGGACAGUGGCACGUAUCGUUGCUUUGCGGACAAUGGCAUCCGGGAGCCCGUGUUUGUCGACUUGCAACUCAUCGUCCUGUCUCCACCGGAAAUAACCGUUGAGAAAACUUGGGUUCACGCCGGCGAGGGCUAUGAGGCGCAGCUUGUUUGUACCGUUCAUGGCGAUUCAACUCCAGAGUUCUCGCACUUGCACAAUUUACAGAUGAUGUGGUACCAGGACUCGUUUCUCCUGCAUCCGAACGAUCGCCGCACCAUGGACUCCAGAGGGGACAAGCACUACCUUACGAUACGGAAUGUGCGCCAGUCUGAUUUUGGCAAUUACAGUUGUGUGGCGGAGAACACUCUUGGACGUGCCAAAAAGUACAUCGAAAUGUCCGGCCGACCGGGGCCAGCCCAGUUCCAUUCCCCGAUGUAUAGCCGCUAUCGAGAGAUGUACAAUCUGACCUGGAGCGUCGAGUCGUUUCCACCGAUCGAGGAAAUUCGAUUACUGUACCGAAAGCUAAUGAUGAACGAGUCUUAUCAGCAUCCGGGCAGAUGGCACGACGUCAUCCUGAAUCCACCGUCGACCCGGGCAGAGUCCUUUCGGCACAUCAUGACGUACACCAUCCGGAAUCUGGACCCCAACUCGGUGUACGAGACCAUAGUGCAGGCGAAAAAUCGAUACGGCUGGAACGAGGUCAGUGAUAUCUUCCAGUUCUACACACUCAGCAGUGACAUGCCGGAGGAGGACGUCGAGCAGACCUUGGGAUCGACCGCAUUUGGAAAUCCGUUUGGUUGGUCCAAUCGGGCCCAAUCAACCUCUAGCACCAGUUGGAUGCUUGUGCUCAGUAUUUUGCUGCUUCUGAAAAUCUGUCAUUCUCUGUAAGUCUUGCCAUUUUAAGUUUCCUGUUUUAUUAUGUUCAUAUAUAUUUAGGUUACGAUCUCGAUGAGUUUAUACCGUAGUGAAGUAAGGCUUAAGCUUAAAUACAGUGAGAGAAACCUAAUUUCCUUAUGUGGAUGUCCAUUUGCAGUGACAUCAUUCAGGUGAUGCAAAACAAGUGAAAAAAACAUUGAUAAAAUUACGAAACUCUAUUCGAAACCCGAUUUGAAGACAUGACGAAGAAUAUGAUAUUAGAAAUUUACAAAAGAUAACAUACUAAAAUUCUGACAUAAGAAACUCUAAUGCAUUCCUUUUGUAAAAUAGAUUUUAAUUUUUAUCGCUGGUAGUCUCAAAAAGACAAAUAGAUCCUAAGUAAGCAAACGAAGAACAAACUGAAAAAAGUAUAAAAAAUAUAAGUGUAAACUAGUCGUAAGUCCAUGUCCUAGUGCAAACAAGCGAUUAAUCAGCCAUCAAUUGGUUGGAAUCAUCCUUUGUGAAUAAUGUAAAACCACAGCAAAAUGGUACCCAUUUUUUAAAUAAAGUCAUUUUAAAAACCCGAA